AUAGACGGGAACUUUAAACGGACGAAAACAAUAAUUAUAGCUUAGGAAUUCACAGCAGCUGUUAAAUACGGACAGGAUUUCACACAUUACAAUCGAGUAUGUUCAUAAAACGAUGCACUAGCUUUUGGCGCCGUCGCCCGCUACACAGCAGGUGUCUACAACCGGGACUUAAAAGAGAAUGAACUAAAGAGUAAGUGAUUACCCGCCCCUGGAGACGAUGACAGCAGAGCCGCGUGUGCGCACUGCCAGCAAUGCGCCGAGGAUCGCAAAGCGCCUGCAAGUAAAAGCGGGACAUCUACUCCGCAAACUCACGCAGCAAAGGACAACAAAAGACUGAGAGGAGGCGUGCGAUCAUCCGAGCGACUGUCUGACUACUUCUGCUUUUAAUGAUGCUGUUGCUUUAGAUGACCAAUACUGCCCACUUUCAGCCCGAAGGAGAGUAGAGAAAAGCGACUCCGAGUCUCCUUAUCUCGCUGCGAACGACAAGACGUGACACUUGAAAGUUUUAAGGACGGCAUGAUCGCUGCGGUUGCGGGCCACGUCGAAUUUCUGUUUUGUUAAAAUAAUAACCAUGAUUACCAGGUGGCAUAAGGUCUGGCGCAGGUAGACCGUCACAGGACCGGCCCGUGCUUCCCCAGAUGAGAUGAACGGGAAAGUGUGCAACCUGGUGGUUUCCCCAACCACAGUGCCCCGGUCGAUGGGCGCCAUGGCCAGGCACCAGACGGCUCCCGUCAGGGUGCAUGCUGGGAGUCCUGGGCAUCAUGGCCUCCACAGCCCUGCAGUGAGCCACACCAGCUCCGGGGGCUACUCACAGAGACAGAGCUCCACGCUGCUGCCUGCGCUCAGCCUCCGGAGACAGGCGCUGACCGGGGGCAAACAGCAGAUCGGACUCGGCACACCCCAGCCACACCGGCAACAAGCCCCCGCCCAUCUCCAUUCCCCCAGCAUCUCCUCCUCCAACCAGGACCUCCUGCCCAACUUUUCUGAAGGAAGGGUUAAAGGGAAUGCUGUUUCUGGAACCUGCUCCUUGACACCUGGGUCACUUGGAGCCACCAACCUGGUGGUGACCAGCAGCCCCAUGGUGGUCUCUCCUCUGUCCCAGUUCGGUGCCCCGGGUCCUCAAGCCCCACCUUGCCAUCCAGCCGGCCUGGCCCCGCCCUACACUGAUGCCAGGUCUCUGAUGUCCCGGGAUUCCUUGGCCUCCACCACGCUCAGCCUGCCCGAGAGCCAGUCUACCCUGAGCAGCAGGCAGGAGUGGCCCUUCGGCUACCGUGUGCUGCCCCCCCUGGCUGCCCACCAGCCCCCCCAGUGCGGAGGCGAGGGCCCCGACCUGCCAAGCCUGCCCCUCGGCAGUGCUGCAACCUCCAACUCCACCUCCUUGCCCGCCUACCUCUUCAAGGGGGACAGUUCGCCGUUCCCCAGCCCCCGCCACUCUGCCCGCUCCAAGAAGAGGGCUCUGUCCAUGUCGCCGCUGUCUGACGGCAUGGGCAUCGACUUCAAUUCCAUCAUCCGCACCUCCCCCACGUCCCUAGUGGCCUACAUUAACGGCUCCCGCGGCUCCCCUUCGUCUCACCUUGGCCUCUCCCCGCUGCAGUCUGAGGUGUAUGGCCAUUUUCUGGGCAUCCGGGGUAGCUGCAUACCCCAGGUCACCCUGGGGCACCCCGGCUCCACCAGCCCCAUGCCUGGCCCUCUCCCGCUUUGCCCUGAGGCAGAAUGUGCCCGCAUGCAACAGCUUGAGGAGCAGGGCGUCCCGGAGGGCAGCACGCCUCUGUCUAACAUGGUGGUCCAGCCCCAGGUCUUACCACAGGAGGUUGGCACACUGGUGCCUUCGACAAAAUGCCAACCCAAGUUGCCCAACAGCUGCGCCAUUGUUCCAUCUGGGCAGCUGGAUCUUGCUGCCCUAAAGGCCACUCCCCCACCUCAGGGGCCCCCGCCUCCAUACCACUCCCACCGGCACGUGCAGCAGUUGCCGGCAGAUCUCCUGGGCUAUGCCCAGCUGCCCUUGAUCUGCCUGUCCCCAGGGCAGAGCUCCCAUCUUCCCCCCCUCCCUCCCUGCCCCAUGCUAGAGGAGGAGGAGGCGGCUGAAGCUGAGGACUUGGGCACGGGGCACUGCUGCCGCUGGGCGGACUGCAGCGCCGAGUACGACCAGCGGGAGGAGCUGGUGAGGCACAUCGAGAAACAACACGUGGACCAGCGUAAGGGAGAGGACUUCACCUGCUUUUGGGCGGGAUGCCCUCGCCGCUUCAAGCCAUUCAACGCCCGCUACAAGCUGCUCAUCCACAUGCGCGUCCACUCUGGCGAGAAGCCCAACAAAUGUACGUUUGAUGGCUGUUUGAAGGCCUUCUCUCGUCUGGAGAACCUGAAGAUCCACCUGCGCAGCCACACGGGGGAGAAGCCGUACCUCUGCCAACACCCUGGCUGCCAUAAGGCUUUCAGCAACUCCAGCGACCGCGCUAAACACCAGCGCACCCACCUGGACACCAAGCCGUACGCCUGCCAGAUCCCAGGCUGCUCAAAGCGCUACACGGACCCGAGCUCACUGCGCAAACACGUGAAGGCACACUCCUCAAAAGACCAGCAGGCCCGGAAGAAGCUGCGGUCCAGUGCCGACCGCGAGCAGGACGGGCUGACGGACUGCCUGACCAUCCAGCCCCUGCAGCCCCCCCUGCCACCGCAUGAGGUGGGGGAGUCUGUAGGUGGCCCGUCACCCGCACCCACCCACGACCUGUACAAAGGUCUGAUGUCCCAGUCGCCGGGAGCAGCAUCAGGUCACCUCUGUGCAGGUCCAGGUCCAGCACACCUGUGCCCCCUGCAGGACAGUCACAGUUAUGGUGCCCUUUCGCCAUUCCACCUCAGCCCUGGGCAGGAGAGGCUGCCAGCUCCGCCCACCCCCCGUCCACGGAAGGCAGAGGCCCCGUGCCAGGAGACCUGCUCUCCCCUCAGCCAAUCAGGCAACACAGCCGUGGCCGACGCCCUCCUGCUACAAGGCUUCUACGGACAGAUCCACAGCACGUGUCCACCGCUGUACAACAGCGCCGCUGGUCCGGCCAACCCAGCCACUUCCUGUCACAUGGCCCCAGAUGCUGGCUUCCAGGAUGGUCUAGCUCCCGGAGAGGUGACUCAGUAUAGUCUCGACAUGUUCCAGAAGGUUCUGUCUGGAAUCACAGUGAAUGACUUCCACGGGGCGCCCCAGGAAUUUCUGGAGGACCAGGGGCCGGCCAUGGCAGAGGACACCAGCUUCCUGCAGAUCAGUGCCAUGGACCGUUCCACCAGCCAGCUGUCCUGUAUCUACUCUGAGGGGUAAAGCGCAAGUAGGAAAGGAACGUUCUAGAACAUGGUAUUACAAUGACACUGACUGGAAAGAGAUGAGACCUCGAAGGAAUGUCACAUUCACACCCAAAAGAGAUCAUCUCCAUCUGGAUAUGUGGAACCAGAACCAGUAGCACCGGUCAAACAAACCAAUCACAGACACCCGUGUGGUCAUGUGAACAAACAAUCUCCAAUGCGCUUUACAGUCUUUCUGACUGCACCUCACUUCCUGUCAGCCGUCCACGUUUUUUCCACGGUAUUUGUGACCGUUCUCAUCUGAUUCGCCACAUGCCAUGACAUUCCCAGCAAGUCCACUGGCAAACAUUUUGCAGAACAUGGGCGUACAGAUUUAGACACUUCAGUUAAACUCUGUUAAAUGUCAUGAGAAGCAGAAAUAAUCUCCAUGUCUGGGGGAAAGAGCAGCUUGUGUAAUCUUGAUUGGUAAUGUAAAUGCUUGCUAGCUACUGGCUAGCUACAGUCAUCAGUAUCGGUGUGUUUGACAGUGACAUACUGAUUCCCCCAACUGAGAGGGAAAAAAGUAUCUCAUUCACAGGAGCAGAGAAUGGGUGUCUGUCUGACUGCAGUAAGCAGGCACAGACUGACUUUUUUUCUGAUUUCCCGGUGCUCAGAAAACAUUUAGUAUUCAUUCUGCAGGAUGGUGAAGACACCGGGUUUUAUACUGGCAUCUUUAUCUUGUAUUAUCAUUUAAUAUUUUAAAGAAGUGCCUUAAAAUGAUUUCCUAUGACCUCUGCAUACUUUUAUAGAAUCGUUACUGUUGACAGCAAUAACGAAAUGGUGCAUAUACCCACAAUUCCCUUUUAAUCUUUGUGUAUGCCUCAAAGGUAUUUGAUUGGAAAAAUAUCCCAGAAACCAGGGUGCAGACCCCCUAGCCUCAUCCCAAAUGACUCCUUGGAUUGCCAAGAAAAUAUGAAUGUUACAUUUUUAUGACUGGUUACUGAUAUCAGUGAUUUAGCAGUGCAGCAGGGGGAAUGGGAGGUGGAGGAAUUAAUUUUAAAAAUGCUGCUUGUAUCCCAAAAGUCAGAAAUCCACAGAAGGAUCUUCUCCCUCGCGAUUAUUUUUUGUGUUUUUCUUGAUGCACUGACUAUCCAGUUACAAACUCAAAUACUCUGGAGUAAAAACCGGCAGAAGAAACUGUUUUCUGCCGAGCAGAUGUGUAUCUCAUCAUUAACAGGAGAGGAUCUGACCGGUACAAAAUGCCCGAAAAACAUUCUUGCACAUGAACAUGCUUUUUACAAAACCAUUGCACAAUAACUGAGUUUUUCUGCACUAUUAAUGUUUCAAAACGCCCGUUUUCUGAGUUUAAAAGGGAGAAUGGCACUGGUAUCGUUUUUCAGCAAUCUCGCCACACCCCCCACCCCCCACGAUACCGGCAAUUCUUGCGAAAGAACCAUUUUUGAAACUGGAAAAGACCGCCACCUCCUGGAAGAAUGUACGAACUACACAAUGCAGAAGCGAUCUGAAGCGCCUUCCCGGGAAAGGGUUUUAAAAAAUGUGUUUACGUCAAGUAGCAAUGCACUGUGUUCUUCUGAGUAAUUUAAGCGUUUUGUACAUUUGUUUCGUUCAAUAUUAUGCACUCAGAAGCCACUGUUGUUUCAUGACCAUACUGCUAUCCAGCUGGGUCAAGAUCGUCUGAGUCUGCAGUAAGGCUUUCACUGUGACGUCAUCACAGUCUAAAUCAACGAUGGGAUAUUAAACUUUUUUUUGUAAGUAGAGCAUUUUAGGAAUUGCGAUGUUAUAAUGUUGGUUGAAUAGAUUCUGUGAAGAUCUACAACUGCAGUAGAUUCACUGUAGAUUUUUCACUUAGUAUUCUUUGCAUUAUGUCUAUGAAUGUAUUAGUCCAUAACACUACUAUGUCGUUCUUAAUUAAUACACAGAGCCAAUUUAAAUCCGUAUCCUAUGAACUGUGUGGUGGUAACCCUGUUAUUGGUAUGUCCAGGUCUUCAGCCCCCACUGCUUUCACUUUUCAUGUGGGACUGACCUGCAGCAAAAUCAGCCAUGUGCCUUACUAUUGGGUGUGUGUGUUUGUGUGUGUGUGUGUGUGUGUG